CGGUAGAAAAUCCUACCCUCGCUGCUGUGAGCGAGCCGUCUUCUCCUCUUUCACGUUUUCUCCCUGCGUUGCAGACCCGCCUCCCUUCACCAGACCGUCUUGCCAUUGGCGAUCUCCAUGGCGAUCUUGAGAAAUCCAAACAGGCUUUCCGACUUGCCAAGCUGAUAGAUGAGUCCGAUCGUUGGAUUGGAGGGUCCACCACUGUGGUCCAGAUCGGGGAUGUGCUGGACCGGGGAGGUGAAGAGCUUAAGACUCUAUUUCUCGAGAAAUUGAAGCGCGAGGCAGCUAGAAGUGGUGGCGCCAUCAUUACCAUGAAUGGGAACCACGAGAUUAUGAACGUGGACGGCGAUUUCAGGUACGUCACCCAACCUGCUCUGGAUGAAUUUAAGGUAUGGGCGGACUGGUUUUGUUUGGGGAACAAGAUGAAGAGUCUUUGUCGAGGGCUGGAAAAACCAAAAAUCCGUUUGAACGGGAUUCCCUCUGUUUUUUGCGGCGUUAGGGAAGAAUUCUUUGACGGCUUUAAAGCCAGGAUUGCUGCACUGCGGCCUAAUGGUCCAAUUUCGAGCCGGUUUUUGUCGCAGAAUCUGACUGUUCUGGUUGUUGGAGAUUCGAUUUUUGUUCACGGGGGGUUAUUGCCCGAACAUGUUACGCUUGGAUUGGAGCGGAUUAAUGAAGAAGUGAGGGAUUGGAUUAACGGGUUGUCAGGGAGACGUUCGCCUGCUUGUUGCCGGGGGAGGAAUGGUGUGGUUUGGUCGAGGAGAUUUUCGGAUGAAUUGGCUAGAAAUUGUGAUUGUUCCACGCUUGAGCAUGUUCUCUCUACGAUUCCUGGUGCGAAGAGAAUGAUCAUGGGCCACACAAUCCAAGAGGUUGGGAUAAAUGGUGUUUGUGAUAACAGAGCUAUCAGGAUUGAUGUAGGCAUGUCAAAGGGUUGCAUAAAUGGUUUGCCUGAAGUGUUGGAGAUAGAAGGGAAAAGGUCAGGAUUGCGGAUAUUGACAUCAAAUCCUUUGUACCAGAACAACAUAUCUCCUGGCUUGGUUAUAGAGAAAGAAGGCCGUGGAUCGUUGCUUCCAGAACAUCGACCACAGCAAGUGGAGGUGAAAGCUUAAUAGCGUAUAAUUUUAUAUGAUUUUUCUCAGCUUUGAGCUUUUCCUCAAGUGGCAUUCCAUGGCUUAAAUAUGGGUUCCAGAUUUCAAAAUCGAUCAUAUCUGCAGUCCAAAAGCUUGGGGAAAAAAUGGGAAAUAUCAAUGAAGAAGGAGAAAUGGUGUAACAAGAAUAUAGUCUAUUUGCCUGCGAUGAUAACUGAGAAACCCUCCAAGUAAUACUGCAUUGCUACCUCAGGAAUUUUACUCUGAAGGUAUUCCUUGCUUCUGUUCUCCAAUCUUGUUGAACAUGAUUUCAACUGAAAAAAGCUCAAGGCUAUUGCAUCAACAUGGUUUCAGACUAAAUUUCCUUUCAACUUUGUCAGGGUGAAUUGCCAGAAUUAGUUGGUUCAGAAGAUGAGAAUGAUGCCCCGCCAAUUUGUAAUGAAUUUUUGUUUGAAUUAAGAACACUGUCUUAAUAUAUAAUAAAUUUACAGGAA